AUGGCGAACGAAUUUGAAGUGACAAUCACUUCCAGAGAAAUCGUCAAGCCAUCUUCCCCUUCAAUCCAUCUCCAAGAACCCUACCUCCUCUCCUGCUUCGACCAGCUGGUUCCAUCCACCUACAUUCCCCUCAUCAUCUUCCAUUCCUUAGCCAACGCCAAUUUCGACAUCUACCAAGUCCUCGACCACGCCAAAUCAUGCCUCGCCGACACAUUAGCCGUCUUCUACCCUAUCUCCGGCAGGAUCCAGCAGAACUCAAUCGUCCACCGCUUCGACGCAGGCGUGCCCUUCCUCGUCGCUCGAGUCACUUCCACUCUCUCCCGCUUCCUCGAAUCCCACCAGCACAAUGGCAGCAACCUCAACAAGCUCCUCCCCUGCCGCCCAUUCUCUCAAGAGCCCUCUUCCCCUGAAGGAAUCCCUCUCAUGACAUUUCAGAUGAACAUCUUCGCCUGCGGUGGGAUCGCCCUGGGAUGCGGACUCUGCCACAAGAUCGGCGAUUCGGCAACUGGGCUGGCCUUCGCCAGAACCUGGGCCGCUUUCUUCAGCGGCUCCAGAAGAAGAAUUUCCCGCCCGGAUUUCAUCUCUGCCUCUUCUCUGUUCCCGCCCAGAUCCCCAAUGCCGCCGCAGUACGUCGCCGUGAUCGAGAAAAUGUGGUUCAGGGACUACAAUUUCACCACCAGGAGGUUCUUCUUCAGCCCGGAAUCCAUCGCCUCGCUCAGGCACCUGGCUCGAGGCGGAACCGACGCCGCCUCGACGCUGCUGCCAACCAGCGUCGAGGCGGUGUCGGGUUUCCUCUGGAAAUGCUUCAUUUCCGCGUCGAGGGCGGUCUCGUCGACGACGAGACCGUCGAUGCUGGGGCUGGAAGUGAACCUGAGGAAGCGGACGAGUUCCCGAACGCUCGAACGAGCGUUCGGGAACUUGUUCUGGCCCGCGACCGCGGUCGUGAUGCCCGAACAGGGCACUCUGCCGCUAGAGGAGCUGGUGAAGCUGAUUAGCGACGCGGUGGCGGGUUUCGACGAGGAAUACGUGAAGAGCCUGCAAGGGGAAGAAGGGUUUCAGAACAUUGCCAGGAGUUUGGAUGCUUUGCAGGAGAUGCUGGAGAUGGAGCCCGAUGUGCUGGAGAUCGGGAGCGUCUGCAAUCUGGGUCUGGAUCAAAUGGAUUUCGGGGCAGGAGACCCCGGUAUGGUCACCAUUGGAGAUGUUAGAUCCAAGUUCAGCAAUUUCGUGAUCUUGGCUGAAGCCAGGCUCGGGAAAGGGAUCGAGGCGUGGAUGAUUAUAGAGGAGAAGAGGAUGGGGUUCAUGGAGCAGGAUCGGGAGUUCUUGAAGUAUGCUGUUCCAAUCACUAGCCUCAAGAUGUCCAAAUUGUGA